CUAACGCUGUUUGUGGCGCGGACAGUGGCGGAUACCAACUAGAAGAAUCAAAGAAAAAAAGUGGAAAUCUCUAAGACAGUAGUUUUGAAGUGGAAAAGUUGAUGGCAAAAAGUACUUAAAAAUUGUGUGUAUGGUGCGCCAGCAAUAAGCUCAGUUAACUUAAAUAACGCAUAUUAUGUGGCAUAAAACGUGCAACAAAUCACUGAAAUUGCUCGCAUCGAGUGAAAUGCGCUGAAAAUUGUGCAGCAAGGCAGGAAGGCAAAUUAACCGUAAAUUCUGAAAGUGCAACAGUCAUGCAACACAAGUGUAGCGCCAACAGCGGCGAUGAGCAGGCCGGCAUUAUUGAAUGACUGCAAAGUGCAAAUAAAAAACAUUAACUAGAAGCAGUGGUGAAACGUUAAAAAUAACAAAAAGUUGAAAUAAAAAAAUUAAUAUAAUUAAUUAUUAAUUAAAUUAAUGUUAGACAGUGUUGUGAAUAAAAUGUUGCACCAGCUGCACACAUACAUAGAAAAAGUAAAUAUAAUUGAAAACAUGCAUUGACAGCGCGAUAAUAAGCAAAUGCAGCAAGGAAAAUUAUGAAAAAUUUGUAAAAAAUAAUUAGAAAAAUUAGUAAUUAAUAACAACAACAAAAUCAUGCAAUCAGCAACUUGCCACAGCAGCAGUUGUUAGCGCCAGCAUUGCUAUUGUGUUCACUAGACUUAAGUUCAAGUUGUUAAGUUCGUUAAAAAUUAGGCAUACAACAAAUACAAAAACAAUCAAACAGGUAGCAAGCAAAAAAUUGAAAAUUGCACGAGUUUUUAAGUUAAAAAAAUAUAGGAAAUAAGAGACAUAGCAAAUAAACAUGAAAUUGUUGCAAUUAGCAUUUAACGAAAACUAAAACAACAACAAAAAGUUGCAAUUAAAUAGAAUAAAAAAAUUAGUAAUUAAUGAAAAACACAGGAAUUAAUGUUAAAACCCACAGCCAAGCAAAAAAAAAAUUAGUUAAAUAAAAUAAAAAAAUUACCAAAAUUGCAAGACAACUAAAUUAGCCAAUAAAAACAACACAAAUAACUAGAAAUUAAUACGUUUGUAUACGUUAGACACCUACAACUCGCGCACUACAAUAAGGCAACCACAAAAAAAACAACAAGAUUAGCGAAUAACUACUAUAUUUUAAUGAAAUGUAAAAACUAUGACCAUAAAACAACAAAGUGCGAUUUCUAUUUCCAAACAAUAAAUGAAAAAAAAACAAAUAACAAAAACAACUUACUACUAGAUUAAAUACUAAAUACUACUACUCACUCGCAUCUACAAGCAUAAACGCACACAUACACGCGCAUAACUGUAUAUGCGUUUAUAUGUGUGUCUCAACUAGAAAUCGACAAGCAAGCGAGGAACUGAAGCCAUAUUUCGGAAAGGAGCUUACAAAAUAUCCUGCCAUUAAAUGAGAAUUCAAAUGCAAUUCUGAAGCAACAACAAAAGCAAGCGAAUUGCCCGCAAAUUGUAUGUGAACCUUGAAACUAAUAAGCGUACAACCGCCUGGGCUUAACUACGGAGUCAACUUCAGACUAUACUAGAAACGGUAAACUUCAAAUCCAGCUAACAGCUAACAGCAAUUGCAACUACAACAACAAGUAGCAAAUCAAAAACAAAUCAAAUACAUAAAUUUCAUAUCGGCACAGAGUUAACGCCAACAACACUUGCUCAUACGUCCUAUCCCUCCAGUCUCCGGUGCUCGCUUUUAUUAUCGCUCUCGCUCUCUCCUUGUGCUCUCCCUGUGCGUGUGUGUUUCUCUGCCACUAAUGAAUGCAACAGAAAAAGUGUUUGGAUAUGUGAAAUAUGUGUGUUUGUGUAAGUAGCGUGCUUAGGAGUUGCAAUUACAGCAACAAAUGCCGGAAAGUACACUUAGAAAAUAAUUGCAACAACAACAGCAAUAGCAACAAGCACAGCACGCAUGCAAACGUGAAAAGAAAAGCAUUGGACAGCAGCAAGCGUACACAGCUAGCAAAUAUACAGCAGCAACAACAAACACAAAAACAACAGCAACAACAACAACACAAACUUAUGGCACAAACAACGGCGAAGCAUAAAACAAAUUUGUGUCGGUGAAGUAGCAGAACGAAAACGAAGAAAAGGCGGAAGAAGAAGAGGAAACAGUGCGCAGGCAACACCAACAACAACCACAGCAACGGCCGAUAAGUAAAUAUUGAAAUUGUAUAGUUGGACAAGUGGAGCAGAGCGUAGGAGAGCAAUCGUCAGCAGGCAAGCGUUAGUGUGACAGCGAGUGAACGCCUUAGCGGGACUUCACCAAUACAAGCAAGCAAAGCGUAGCGGUGUGUGUAUGUGCAACAAAUUGACCAACAGUUGCAACAAAAUAUAACUACAACAACAAAUUUAACGCAGUUGUGCUGUUAACAAUAUUGACUGUUGCUGGUAAUUGCGUAAAAAUCGCCGUACAAUAAUAGCAAGAAAUACAACAAUAACAAAUAGCAAAGUAGCAGCAGCAGCAGUAGCGGAAAAAAUCAGCCGUCGUCAUGAGGAUCAUCGCGCCAUUUCGGGCUCUGGUGCUGGCCCAUUUAUUUUACUGCGUAGCGCCCGCUGGAGAGGCUGAUUACACUCUGGAUGAUUCUUUUUGGAAUGAAGAAAGUCCUGUCGGUGAAGUGGAACGCCUCCUUAAGGAGUAUCGUCAAAAUCAGGAACUAGUACGCCGUAUCGGCGGUCAUUACUAUCAGAUCAUUUAUCCGGUGCAGCUGCGGCACCACGAAAAGAUGGGCAUAUCAACGCGUGAAGUGAGCCCACCAAAGCCGGGUCAGCGUCCACGACCCCAUGAGGAUGGUGGCUUCAGCAGAGGCAGAACAAAGAAACACUUUCAUCGCACCUCACUCUUAAUUAAGGCCUUUAAUCAUAAGUUUCGCUUAGACUUGGAAUUAAAUUCGCAACUUUUAUCACCAAAUAUACAACAAAAACAUUACCAUGUGAGUGGUUAUCAGGUGGAUGGUAAUCGGCAUGACAUUGAGCAUUGCUAUUACCAUGGCACCGUUAAGGACUAUCCUGGUGCUAGCGCCGCCUUCCAUACGUGCAAUGGUGUCAGCGGCGUCAUACACAUCGGCAACGAAACAUUCGUUAUACAUCCCUUCUAUGGAGGCGAUCUUUCGAAGCAUCCGCAUGUGAUAUUUGAGGCACGCACUAAAGCCAAUAAAGGAUGCGCCAAUUCGGGUAAUUUGGAGACGUGGCGUUUGUCACGUCGCCCAAAACUGCUGUCGGCUGGUGUCAUCGACGAAAUACAUCCGAACGGUGCGGGCCGUUAUAAGCGCGAUGUACGCGAAGCAACUAAAUACAUCGAAACGGCCAUUGUUGUGGACCAAGCGAUGUACGAGAAACGUAAUGGCAGUACACGUGCCGAGGUCAUACACGACGCUAUACAGGUGGCGAAUAUUGCAGAUUUGUACUUUCGCACUCUGAACACCCGCGUUUCGGUGGUGUACAUUGAAACAUGGGGCAAAAAUCAGGCGCCCAUCGAUGGCAGCAAGGACAUCAGUAAAGCCAUAUCGAAUUUCAACGAUUACACAUCGCGAAACCUUUUCCAAAUCGAACGCGACACCACACAGUUACUAACCGGCGAGACGUUCGCUGGCGGCGAGGCGGGCAUGGCGGUGCCGGAGACUGUGUGCACGCCGCGUGCGAUUGGCAUCAGCGUCGAUAUUAAUGUCUACGAGCCGCAUCUGUUGGCGGGCACGAUGGCGCACAUGAUUGGCCAUAAUAUCGGCAUGGGUCACGAUGAUGGACGUGAGGAGUGUUUCUGCAGGGACUGGCAUGGCUGCAUAAUGGCCCAAUCGAUUGUUGGCCAGGAGAAUGUGCAGCCUUAUAAAUUCUCCGAGUGCAGCAAAAAGGAUUAUAUCGAUGCGCUGCGCACCGGACAUGGGUUGUGUUUACUCAAUAAGCCGAAUGAGAGGAAUGUCAGAUCUCAAAUGAAACGUCUGACGAACAGUGGUAACCGUUAUCAAGACAAUAUGAUUGACAUUCUUAAUAGCAAUAACAUAGGUAUGGAGAGUUUGGUGCGUGGUCCUGCGACUCCUGCACCAAUUCCCUUCGCCGUUUUCGAGCCGAUCAAGUGUCGCGGUGGCAUGGAAUUAAUCAGAAGGGAUGGAAGAAGUGGUUGUGGCACGAUUGAGGUGUGCCUUGGAUCCAUGUUAGCGAUGCAUCAUCACCGCAGUCGAGGCUCAGAUAUUGCCGGUGGCGCUUGUUGUAAUGAAUGCCGCCUUCGGCCAAAAGACUAUGUCUGUCGUGAUGCGCUCAACGAAUGCGAUCUGCCUGAGUAUUGCGAUGGCGAAAGUGGUCACUGCCCAAUGGAUGUGUUUCGGAAAAAUGGAUCGCCGUGUGGGCACUCAAAGGCAGGAUUGUCGUCCGGCUAUUGCUUUCAAGGCGACUGUCCCACUUUGAAUCUGCAGUGCGAGGCGAUUUGGGGUUAUGGCGGCUUGGCAGCAGAUCGUCAAUGCUACGAGCAGUUCAACUCGAAGGGUUCGAUCAACGGUCAUUGUGGGCGUGACUCCAAUGAGCACUAUAUUAAAUGCGAGCCAGAGAAUGUCCAAUGUGGCACAUUGCAGUGCAAAGAGGGCGAACGCCAGCCAGUUAAUGAUGGCAUUGAUCAGCUUUAUUCGAGUACAGUUAUCUCAAUCAAAGGAACGGAAUAUACAUGCAAAGCCACUAGCGGUCAAGUGGGCGCUAAUGAGUAUCCGGAACAUGGACUGGUGAAGGAUGGUACGCCAUGCGGUACUGAUUUGAUUUGUCUGAAUCAGACUUGUGUCAGCAUAUUUCCACACGUCGAUUCAACCAAAUGCCCAACAGAUUCACAGGGAAAAGAGUGUUCAGGACGCGGGGUCUGCACCAACACGAAUCGCUGCUUUUGCGACAUGGGUUGGGGCGGCGUCGACUGUAGCCUUGUAGUUUUACUGACCACACCACUGCCAACGGAAGCGCUGCCAACCGCGGAGAAUACUAUCAAAAUGGAGAAGAAGGAGACGCCAUAUGAGAACUACCACGGCUCAAAUACAGUAUUCCUGGUCGGUGUACUAAUGUCAGUUGUUGGGUUCGUUUUUGUUACUUUCACCUUGAUGGCACUGUGCUACAGACGCAAAACCACUACACUCAAGUACGAUCCGCCAUAUUCGAAAAAGCCCAUCGCCAAGGGCUAUGCCAGCGCCGCAGCCACUGCCGCAAAUCAUCACUCGGUCGAGGAGGUUUCACUGGACGGUUCCAGCAAAUUGGUCUACGCCAAUCAGGCCGGCUUCAGGGAUAAAAGCAUACAUGGUCGCCGUUAUACCGCCGGCGGCGAGGACGAUCAGGCCCAUUCUGAAAAGGGUAUAUUGAAGAAGCACAGCUAUGGACUGGUGCACAAUGAACAAUUGAAGGAUAAAUGGGGCGACGAUGUACAGUCCGACAAUCUCGAGCUUAUAACACAACAGGACGGUGCACUCGGCGCCUCCACCAGCGGCGGAGCGGCGGUCUCCGAAGUAGAGCGCACACUCAAAUCGCUCAACGGCUAUCACGAAGACAUAUUGGAGGCAUUGCGCAAUGCGGCCUCACAUCGCGGCACCGCCACCGGCAAUACGCCCGUCGGCAGCGGCAGCCUAAGCGAAGAGAUGCUGCGCAAGACACUGCAAGACUGCCAAAGCGCACAGCUGGGCUACAGCGUGGAACCGUACAAGCGCUCCAGCGGUUCCAAGUCGAGCUCACGCGAAAACAUUUGCGACCCCGCACAAGCGCACAUGCUGAUCGAAAGUGCGGGCAUUGGCGGCCAUGCCGGCGCCAUAUUGCAUCAUCAUCGCUCGCAACAUCAAUUGCAUCAGCCGCCACCAUCAAUGCAGCAACAGCAACCGCCGCUGGACGACGAUGAUGCCCCAUCGACUGGGCCGUUGCGCAUACGCAAUCUCGAGGAUCUGAUACGACAGCUGGAGCAUCACUCGUCGCGUCACAUGAGUCCUAGCGGCUCCGAGGACAUUCGAAUGUCCGAAACGGAGGCCGAUCGCCAUUAUAGAUUAGAUAGUUCCGCCGCUUGUAGUGAAUCGUCGCAAGGCUCAAAUCAGCAAUUAGCACAAUCACAGAAAACUGCAACAAUACAUCCGUCUUACAGCAGUCGUUUGCGCCCGCGCUCCGACGAGGAGUCGCGCUUCGCCUACGGAAGGUACAGACAUCCCCAAGCAGCUAGUAGACAUCCAUCGCAUCAAUCGCAUUCACCUCAUGCUUUCGGCCAUCAUACGCAUCAUUCGCACGCCCACGGUCAUGCUACGCACGGCCCACACUCAUCACAUCACUCGUCGCAUACACACUUGCACCAGGACGACGAGGGUAUAUACGAGAGUGCCGACCACCAUGAACGUUCGGUGGUCGAGGCACGACUCGAUCCGCGUGAAACACCCGACAGUGAGAGUGAUGACUUUAUUCAAGCUCAACAACAGUUAGCCCGGUGGGCGAGUGAGGAUGUGGUAUCCGUCGUGGUAUUGGAUCAACCGCAAUCCGGCACAAUGUCGGAUUCCCAACAAUCCAGCGGCGUCGGACCAAUGUCAACGGCUACAACGAGUACCGUUAUACAUCAUCAACACCCGCACCAGCACCACGGCGAUCAUCCAUCCUCGGCAGCGGCCUCAUCAGCAGCGGCUACGGCGGCGGCGGCAGCAGCAGCGGCAGCCAACAGCAACUCUAUAAUGGGUUUGGGGGUCGUGCCAAAUGGUAUAAAUGUAAGUCAGAGGGACUAUUACCCCUCGCCACCCUCAACGGAGACGGAAAGCAGUGGAAGUGUUAUCCAACCGCUCAGCCGUCGUUUGCCUAUACCAGCCGAUACCGGCCAACAGCAAGCGCAAUUGCAGCAACUGCACCAACUGCAUCAGCAUCAUCAGCAGCAGCAGCUGCAGCAUCAGCAUCAGCAGCAGCAGCAACUGCAGCUGUUACAGCAGCAAGGCGACACCACCAGCAGCAGCAACAACAGUCAAUCAGGACAAAUAAUGGAGAAUGGUCGAUAUCCGGAAUAUAAACACUGAUGAAAAUGUCAACGCAUACAGCAACAAAAACAACAACAAUUGCAGCGACACUACCAAUAACAAGCAUAGCAAACGCCAUAAAACACAUAGUCAUAGGUGGUGAUGCCAUCAUGAGCGAAAAUUAAACGGUAAUUCAUUUUUCUAACGGAAAUUAACCGAACAACUUGUUGUUGUGUUGGCUGCAAAGCGCGAAUGCAACACGGAGCAACCAAAGAUGCCUCAUCGGCAUUGACAGCAGCACAUUUCUUAUUGCGGCCUGCAAAACGAAGAAAAACGAAGUGCUUCGCGCUGUUUAACGAACAUAUAAACAAACGAACGAAGCGAACGAGCGCACGCGAUAUCGACCGAAGCCCAGCAAUGUGAUUUUAUACAAAGUAGCAUUUUAGGUUAUUCAAUUAAAUAAAUUGAAAACGAAAAUGAUUUGGUAAAAUUAUUAAUUAAAUUAGUUAUUAAUUAAUUAAUGAAAAGAAAACCACAAAAAAAAAAACAAAAACGACUCAGAAACAAAAUUUCACAUAGAAAGUAGACUUAGAUAAUUUACCAAAAUACCAAAACUAGAAAUUAAUAUUAAUUGUGUGCACUUGAAGCAGUUGAAUCGUGAAUUUAUUACAACAAAUUAAUGUGCGAAUUUGCGCCAAGAACAAAAACAAUUACAGAAACAGGAAAAUAACGCAAAUCGUUUCGCAAACUAAUUCGAAUAAGUACAUGCCCACACACACAAACACACACACACCCACAUACAUGACUAAGUAUGUAUUUGUAAAUUUUGUUAUUCACUUGCAUUGUACAUAUGUAUGUAUGUAUUGACUAGCAUUAUCGUUAAGCUCCACAAACUUCUUUAUACUAAACACAUGUAUGUACGUAUGUUUGUAUGUAUGCCCCGAAGCCUAUGUACUUCAGUGCUACAUAAGUAUAUACAUACAUGCUCGUACACGGAUAGAUGGCGUAGACUCAUCGAUUCAUCGUACCCUAACCACAUUGCACAUAACUGUAUUUUACGCGUAUAUAAAUGUAUGUAUAAGUAUUACAACCACAACACACACACCCACGCACAUAUACGUUGUGUAGAAGUGUACGAAUUUGCCAAUUAGCAUUAAGCCAGCAUUGAUGUCUCUCACACACACACACACACACACGUAUAUGUCACACAUAUAAAUCAAUACAUAGGCGCAUACAUAGGUAUGUGUGUGUGUUAUAUAUUCGUACUCAUAGAGUUUUUGUAGUUAGCGAAUGCAAAUGGAAUUAUGCAGAAAAAGACGAUAGCAACAAAUUAACAAAUAAAUCAGCAUAGAAUAAAGAAAACCGUAAAAAUUAAUUAACUGUAUAGACACAAACAGUAAAUCACAAACACACACAUACUUAAUUCGCGAAAAAGAAAUAAAAAAUUAAAUUGUGCAAACUUAGCAAUGACGAGCAACGGUAAUUAUAUAGGAAUUACGCUUAAUAAGCUCGCACGUCUAAUUUUUUUUUAAUUAUCCAAAUAACCGAAUUGAGUUAUAAAUUAUCAUAACUUACUCCUAUAAUUAAAAAAAGUUGAAAAAGUUUGCCAAUUUUUGUUAUUUUUAUACUCAAAGUCACUUGCAUCAAAUCAAAUGUUCAUUUGCGUACAGAGUUUUCAUAUUCAAUAUGACGUCACUGAGAUGAGCCGGGAUCAACGUUGGACUACAACAAACUGUGUUCACGUGAAAUAACCCAGUUUAAUUUUCUUACCGAUACUUUACUUUGAUUGGGAAUUUUUCCAAAAUUGUUAGGGCGUUUAAUCGAAUGUCUAUGGCUCUACUUCCUUCACGCUGCUGUUGAUUUGCAUUCUACUCUUAUUAUUUAUCGUGUAGUUUAUUUUUUGUGGUUCAGCAAUAUGCAGCUGAUAUUAUAGGAUUACUUUUUCCCCUGUCAAAAAAUAUACUUAAGUAAGUUUUUUCGGCAUGCUCAUCGAUCACAAUUUUCAAUUUUGAGCAAAAAAAUUGGUUUACGUGCAAUCUUCAAAUAAAUUCAAAAAAAAAAA